AACAAAAGAUUCAAGUAGGUAACCAUGGAAAUACAUAAGCAGAAAAUGUUUGUCUACGUCUAAUGUAUUAGUGUCAAGGUGAACUAGUAAAUAAUUACAUUUCAAAAACCAGGUAAGUCAAAAUGGAAGAACCCGGAAAUUCGGGGAAUUCGGUAAGUGAUCCGGCUUAUAUAGAAAAAAAGAAAGAAGAGUUACGUAUAUUCUUUAAAAACGCCAAUUUGCCCAAGGAUGUUAUUGAAAAAGCCAUUGAAAACGAACUAACUAGCUUGAAAGAUUUUAAAGAUAGACCGUAUAUAGCCGCAUCAUACCCAGGUAAAAUAAGGUCUGAAUAUGAAGUGAUGACUGGGCAGCCUUUUACCAAUGUUGAAGAUCACACGAAGCCACUGACAAGCGAACAAGCUCGUAUGAUCAUAAAUGACAACCCGAUUAUUGCAGAAAAGGCGCGCCAAAUUCAAAUAGUUACCAAAACUGACAAAAAUAAAGGUAUGUCCGUCCCUUUAGAAGAUAUACAUAUAGCAAGUUACUCCGAUAUGACUGCUGAAUUAGAAGGAGCCAAAGGUGAUAGAGAACAAAUUAAUAAGAUUAAAUACCAAAAUAUGCAAGCUUUAUGUCAGUCGGUAACAGACUAUAAGAUUAAAUUAGACAAAAAUGAAGAUGAGAAAGUGGCUACUAAGAAGGAAGAAGUAGAAUCUGAUACAGAAGAUAAAGAAUUUGAAGCUAUUGAGAAUAUGGUUAGUCAAUUUACUGACAAGUCUUAUGAAACUAGAUUCCAGGAAACUAAAGAUAUGCUCUGCAAAAUGGCAGAUUAUUAUGACGAUCCUAAUGUUAAGCCGAACGAAAGAAAGCCUCUUAAUUUGUUUGAUCCAAUUUUGAAAGAAUCUUCAAGUGUCUUUGUUAAAGGAGAGUUUAGACGUACAACUAUGCAAGAGGUUCAGGAAAAUUUUGCCAUUAAUGAAGCAUUGAACAUUUCCAACCCAGUAUCGCCUGAUUUAAAUGCUGUAGUUGAGAGAGCCACAGUCAAAACUUCGGAGCGCAUAAAAACUGAUCUAGGAAAUAUUUCUAACUUUACUGACAAUCCAAUAGACAUACCUAAAACCUUUGAAACAAGACUAAAAGAUACAGAAAAUGCUUGCAAAAGCAUUAAUACGUUGUUAGACAAAAGUCCUAUGUCGAAAGAAUCUAAUCUAGGAAAAGACAAAAGUAACGAUGAAAUUGAAGCUGAAUUCAUAACAGAAAAUAAGAAUGACGAUAAAAGCGAGGAAAAUACGGUCACAAAUUCACAACGAUUUGACGAAAGAAUGGAGCAGACUCUACAAAAUGCUCUAGAAGGUAUAUUACAAAUAAGUAAUGACGAAAAUAUAAACAACAAUGAAAUGGAAUACAACGAAAUGAAAAAUCUAGCUCGAAACAUUGUUGAAGGCGCUGAAAAUCUUAGUACGCUAAUCCGUGAAGAUAUUACAAAUAAACUCAAUAGUAUGAAUGAAUUACUCAACGAUGUAAACGAAGCAUUAGAAAAAUCUAAAAAAUCAACUAUUGCAUAUCAGAAAAUAAAAGAUGAAGGAGUUAUAAAACAAAAACAGCUCCCAGAAACUGCAAAAGUUACUGAAGUAAUUGAUUUAACUAAUGAAUCAGACGAGGACGAUGGUGAUACUAAGGAUGAGGCAAAAAGCUCGGUUACAGAUACUGAUAUUAGUUCAAUAUUUAGCGCUAUAGGGAAAUUGAACUCUGAAAUACAAAGUCAUGAAGACAGAAUUAACAAAAGUAAGGAACGAUAUGACAUGAGAAGUAAAGAAUGUAAAGAUUUUAUUAAAGAAAUUGAUGAAGUAAUGAAAAAGUCAAAUAGCAUUCUACAUCCAACGCAAUCAUUGAAAGACUUGAGCAAAGAACUCCAAGAAGCUAAACAAAAGAAAGAUGAGCAAAAGUUUAAAGAAGAGGAUAAACAUAAGGAACCUAACACUACUGUAAAAGAAGAUAACAAAGAAGUAGACGAAGGAACUGAAAAACGACGCAAAGAAUUAUGGGAUACCGAUCUUGAACCAAAAGGUGAUUUAGCUAAAAAACUAGCUGAUUUAAAACGUAAAGAUAUCGAGCGGAAUAAGAGGAUUGACAACCUUCUAUACGAUAUAAAAGAAAAAAUGAAGGAUAACAAGGAAGUCCUACGAAUCGCUAAUAAUUUACUUAGAAGGGAUGGCAAAAAGGGUCCCGAUGAUGGCAAUGAUGUUGACAUGAAAGCACAAGGUGACUAUUCUGGAAAACAUGUAAUAGAAGUUGAACAAGAAGUUGUUGACCAAUCAAGCAUCGGUGAUGUUAAAUCUCCUGAAGAUAUCCGAGCAGAAAGGGCUAAGCUCGCGGCAGAGAAAAAGAAAGAACAAGAGGAAGAAAAGGAAAAAGAACGGAAGAGACUGAUCAAAGAAAAAAGAGAUAAGGAGAUCGAAGAGAUGAAUAGAGGACCACAGAUGACGAAGGAAUUUAUCAAGAAGCAUUGCAAGGAGCACAAACUGUAUUCUACUCCUUACUUGAAUGACAUAUUGUACUUGCAUUUCAAGGGUUUCUCCAAGAUCGAAAACCUGGAAGAAUAUACAGGUCUGAAAUGCAUUUUUCUUGAAAACAAUGGAAUCCAACGCAUAGAAGGCCUUGAUACACUCUCCGAACUUAAAUGCUUGUAUCUCCACUACAACAUUAUAAAGAAGAUUGAGAAUUUAACGGGAUGCCCGAAGUUGGAUACUUUGAAUUUGGAUCACAACUUUGUGCCAAAGAUUGAGAAUUUGGAUGCAGUACCGGAUCUGCAUACGUUGAGUAUUGCUCAUAAUAUGCUCUCUUCUGUCAGUGACUUGGAGCAGCUUCAGUAUUGCAACAAUCUAUCAGUCCUGGAUCUCUCUUACAAUCGCAUUGAGGACCCCCUUAUCGUGGAUGUACUUGAGGCUAUGAAAAUUUUAAAAGUUUUGGUGUUGACCGGCAAUCCAGUAAUCCGCGCCAUUCCCGCCUACCGCAAGACGUUAACCCUGCGCCUGAAGGAGCUAUUGAAUCUGGACAACAGACCUGUGUUCCCUCGCGACCGAGCAUGUGCCGAGGCUUGGCAGCGCGGAGGGAUUGACGAGGAGGUUGCUGAGAGGAAACGUUGGAUAGCAAAAGAACACGAGAAGACCAUGCAAAGCGUUCGUUAUCUAAUACGCAUGCGCGACGAGAAGAGAGCAGAACGUGACAAGAAAGAAAAAGAAGAGAGAGAAAGGUUGGGGCUGCCUCCCAAAGAAGAAGAAUCUCCUGACGAGUCACAACCGAAAGUGCAAGAACUGGAAUCUUCACCUAAAGAAGAGAAAUCUGGUCCAAUUGAAGUAAAAUCCAAAGGCGUAGCAGACGGCAUGCUUUCUGGAUCAGAAGCUGAUGAUUCUACGAGUGAAGAUAGUGAAGAUAGCGGGGACGAGGGGAAAAAGGAUGAUGGUGCAGUGACCACCGACAUCCAAUGGUCUCCGUUCAUGCGAGGGAACCGUUACAUCCAGGAGGUGAAAGAGGAGCCCCCGAAACCACCAGUGUCUGAGCAACAUCUCGACGACUACUGGUAUGGGUACAGGGGAGACUUGAAGACGCAGAUGCAGAAUCCAGAGGCUGGGAGUUUUGUAAAUGACUUCAAAAGUAUUAACAACUUGCUUUUCGGGCAACAACCUAAAAAGCCUCAAAAACCAGCAACCAAUAACCAAGUUAAAAUAGAAGAAGUUAUUGAGAUAGACAAAAAAGAAGAUAUUAAAGCUGAGAAAAAACCGUUAAUUGAAAUUAUUGAACCUCCAGAAACGGUUGUUAAACAAGAGACAGACAAAUCGGAAGAAUGCACCAGAUUAUCUGGUAUUGUAGAAGAAGAUAAUCUAGUUAUAGAUCAUGAUAAAAAGAUUGUUAAAGAAAAGGUUCCGUCUUUUGAAGUUAAAACAGAGACAACGGAUGAUAGUAGCGCUAAUAAGAAACCAUUUAAAAAGAUUUUGAUAACAGAAAUCAAGUCCAAUAAUAAAUCUGAGAUAAAACAUGAAGUAAUAGAAAGUGACACCGUUAAAAAUAACGAUGGAAAUAAAUCAGAUGAUAAUAAAACCGAAACUAAAACUAAUGGUAAGGGUGAUGAUAAUCAAAAACAGGAAGAAAAUAUACCAGAAGGAGUUACAAAGAAAGCAACAAGUGAAAAUCCGGUUCAAAGUUUUGAAGAAAGAAGACAAAGAGCUGCCGCAGGUGAAGGAGUCUCCCUAAUGAAUUACAUGCAAAGUGUAAACUCCAAUAACCCUGAAGACGAUGAUGAGGAUUUGAAGCCCAGUGCUGAAGACCUGGAGAUAUUUGCCGAGCUGGAUCGAGAUAUGGCGGAACGAGAAGCAAGAAUAGCACGCGGUGAACCAGCCGUGGAUCCUAUGAAAUUGUAUCUCAAGACUCCCAUGGAUGACUUCUACAAGUCAGAGGAUCUAGUUCCAGCUCACAAAGUUACCAAGAAGGCCGAAUACACGACGUACAGAUACGACAACGCUUAUGACAGAGUCGCUCUGAGCCAGCUUACUGGUGGAGAAAAACCUGACGAGUCGAAGAUAAAACUUACUUACAUUCCUGGAGCCGUUCGAGUCCAAUACAUGGAUCACCGUCCCCUCGAACUCGAAUAUGAGAUCGGAGAGGAAAAGAUCGAGUCUGGACCAUCAUCUUGUGAUACUGAUUCAAUACAUAUUCUGAGUGACAAGGACAGCGUUACUACGGAAGACGAAGAUAAACCGGAAGUUACAAAACCAAAAGAAACUAAAACGGGUAAAGCCAAAACGGCAAAUGCAACUAGGAAGAGUAACGUUGAUCGGCCAAUUAGAGGAAGAAUUAGUAUUACACCUAGAGAAGAUAAAAGUAAAAAUGAUGAAAAGAUCAGUUCACGCAAAUCUAUUUGCGUUGUUGAAAAAGACAAAACCACUAAAGUGAAUAUAUCUAGACGACAGUCUAUUGCAGCUGUAAAUGUCAGUAAACCUACUGAUGCUAAGAAAGUAAUUAAAAAAGAACCAUUAAAGAAAGUUGAACCCGUUAAGAAGGAGUCCGAGAAAGCAAAAAUAAUAAAAGAGAAACCUACAAGAAUAAGGCCAGAAAAUAUAGGUAAAAACUUAACUAAGCCUGUGAAGAAGACACAAUUGCCGAUAAAAGAAGCGAACUCCCUUCAAACACAGACACUGAAGACUAUCAAUGAAAAAAUAAAGAGCGUUGAGAUAGAGGACAAGAGAAAUAAAGUCAGCACUUCUGAGGUGCAAACAGUUAAAUCUGAGACACAAGAAGAAGCAACUACAGAACAUGAAGUUGUGACUGAUUCAGGGGAGAAUAAGUCAUUAGAAGCUACAGUUGUGCCAAUUAAACAAGUGCAGACGAAUAUCAUAAAAUUACAAGGUGAUACCACUGUUACCGAUGAUAUUUGUCAUGUACAUGACAUCGACUCAUCUAAAGAUAAAUCUGAAGUAGAAUCUACUGUAAUACACGAUAAUAAUGAAGAUACAUCUGAAACUCCCGACAUCCAUCCAAUGAGAAACACAUUAGAAUUAUACGAUACUCCAGAUCAAGAGCCUGUACCAACUGCUUCUACUUCGUAUGACAGCAUGAUGUUUGAUCGAGACGAAGCCAAAAAAUCAAUCAUUGACACCAUUAACUCUUAUGAAGAUGACCGAUUUCCUUCUCAAGGUAUAAACUCGGACGUAUCCGAAAACGCUCGAAUCGAGCAGUCAGUAGCGACAGAGAUCCUGGACAGGACGCUGCACUACGAAGAACGAGAGAUGUACCGCCAGUACGACGCGCUGACUUGUCACGCCGGCAAGAUUGAUAAUCAGACCAAUGUUCUGUUGGAACAUAUGACGGAAGAGAUGCAAGAUCAUUCACUUCCUGUAAUAUCCCAAAUCCUAACUGCUCACAUAGACGUAGCAGAGCAAGCCUGGCGUGCUGGCAACUUUGUCCCUUCCUACAUCCAAGCCGCCCCCUCCGACGACGAAAACGAUAACGACGAUAACGAUACGACACUUCUACCAAGCGACACCUCUUUAGACCUUGAAGAGACUAUCACUGAUGGAAAUAUUGCUAUGAACGUGGCUCUAGAUGCAAUUAGAGAAUGUGAUGACUCUGGGAUUGCGGAGUUCAAUGAUUCUAAUUUGGAAUAUAAGUCUUUUAAUGAUGAUGAACUUAAUGCCAGUCAUAAUGCUGAAGUCAAUGAUGGUAAAGGAGAUGCUCAAGCGGAAACUAGUAAUAUUGAGAAAGAAGAUAACGCCAGUGACGCAAAUACAGAUAAAGGUCAAAUACAAAACACAAGUGCGGUUUGUAGUGAUAAUCAGGAUACCAAUGUUAAAGAUGCGAGAUCUAUUUGUGAUGAACAGGAUAACCAAGAUAAUACAAGACAGGAUGGUAGAGAAACGGAUGUAACUAGUUAUUUGUCAGGGGAAGAUGAACUAUUUGAAGACUGUAUAGAUCAAACUGUCAUUGAGGAUGAUUUUAAGAGAGUCGAAGAGACGAUGACAUUGGAAAUGAAGAUAGCUUUGGGAAUUGAUAAGGCUUUAGAGAAGUAAUAUCUACAUUCAAAAGCUCAAAUAGAGACGCAUAGAAUUCAUAAUAAUGCUCUUUUUAGUGUAUGUACUUUAUUUGUCUAUGGCUCGCAUAGACUAGG